AUGGACUUUGAAUCUAAAUUGACAGAAGUGUCCCAUGACAUUUCACUCAACUCUGCGCCAUCAGUAUAUCUAUCGACUGCCCAGAAUAUAAUCACCGAGCUCCCUGAACCCACCAGUAUUAAAGAUGAAUUGGGACACUUGAAGGAAUUCUCAAGUAAGCUAAAAUUCCAGUACUUAGAGCAGGAGACUAGGGACAAAUUCCUUCGGCUCAUGCUUAUUGAACGGGAACAAAACAUAACACAAGCAGAAGUGGAUGCACUAGUGGAACAAAACCGCAGGCAAAAACAAUCACUUAAGGACAUAAAGACGGAAAUGUAUUCAUUAAUUAAGUCUAGUGAGGCGGUAGCCGAGGAGGUCAUUUCUUUGAACAGGUCAUUUGAAGCACGUUAUGGAGAUGUUACUAGUACAUUAGAAGAUAUCUCAAAUAUGCAAAAAGAAUUGGAUAACUUAUUAAACGAGCCUGAAAAUGAAAAUCAUAAAGCACUCUUUAACCUCAAGAAGAUCAUUGAUACCGAGGAUAUUGGAUUAAACGAGGCAAUCAAUAUAGCGACUAAUGCGUUGGAUCAGGAGGCCUUGGUUUUGUCCCAAUUAGAACAUAAUGUUGAGAAGACCAGAAUAGAGCACUCAUCGCAGACGCAAGUAAUCGAUACUCUUACAGAAAAACUUAAAAAACUUGAAGGACUUUUACAAGAAGCAGGAAACAGGCCAAAAGAUCAACAAGAGCCACAACAAGUUUUUGCUCAAUGGCUUCGGGAGUUGAACAUGCACCUAGAAAAGUUCAUCCCAAUGUCUCUACGUUUAGGUGAGAGUGCACAAACUUUGAUGUUCGGCCCUUACCAGUUGGAGUUCGAUAAAGAGCUUAACAUUACCAAAUGCUCGGACAAAACCAUUUCAUCAGCGACUAUUGAAGAAAUCAACCACGCCAAAAAAGAAGCCAAGUUUUGGAAACUACUGCAUUUGUUAUGUAGACUCAUUUUUCGCGCUGAAAUGUAA